AUGUUCCAGAGCGAACUGAGCAAGAAGUUCAGGAAGGGAUGCGCAGCCUUCCGAGUGGAAAUGGCUGUUUGCUGCAAUCCUUUCUCUAAUGCAUCAGAGCCAGUGUUUAAUGUGAAGCAGGAAUGUCCUGAGGACGACGGUUUGAACCUGACACCAGGAGACAUCCCAGCUUCAGCAGCUACUGAACCUACGUUAGCUUUUCUUCUGUCAAAUAACAUCAACAAGAAAACAGAAGAGAUGGCAAAGGAGCCUCCUCAAACAUCCAGUGCCGGUUAG